AUGUGGAAAAGUGCGUGGAAGAAGAAAGGAAAAGGAAAAGGGUUGAAAUUUUACCGCGUUAAAAAAGGCGGUGGUGGCGGGUCGGUAGUAGUUGAAAACGAAAAUCCUUUUGAUGUGUGCUGUUGGGAAAAUUGCGAAUUGCUACAAGCCAAUUUUCACAUUUGGGGUUCGAUAUGCAAAGCUGAAAUUUGCUAUCCGGGGUGUCAAGAGGCUUGUAAAUUUCACAGGGAUAGCAGCAGUCAGGAAAAACAAUCGGAACCCGUGAUAAAAGCACGGGGAGAAGAAGUAUUGAAAAUUGAAAGCGACGUUGCCAAAUGGCCGAGACCCACCACCGUUCCCCCGCAAUCGUCUCUCGUCUACGUGGUCAUGAGAAAAAAUCCAGAUUCGAGUUGGACUCAGAUAAUACAAACGGGUGAUCGUUCCGUGUCGUUGCCAUCGGACACGAUCGCAUCCAACAUACGAGUUCUCGUCGUGGAUCCCGAGGGACUCGUCACGAUGUACAGUCCGCCGAUUUCGAUACACGAAAAAUUAAACGACAGCAUAGUGAGUCGAAUAAUGGCGGGAGUUCAAAGCGACAGGAAAAAAGCGGAAAGGAUAAGCAUAAACACGCCGAAAUCGAACACGUGGGAAUUGAAAGAGGUUUCUCUGAUACAUCAAAAAGUUCUCGUACUCGCCGAAGUGUCGUGGGAACCGAGGUUCGGACACUCCGUUUAUUUGGUCACGUGGGAAGUCGACGGGGGAGGAUUGAAGGGAAAUCUAUUCACGGAUUCGACGUGCGUGACUCUCUCCCUAUGGCCCGAUACCAUAUAUCACAUACAAGUGGAAGUCGUGUCGAAAACGGAUAAAAGCGUACCCCUAGUUUUGGACACGCACAAAGCGACGCAAGUGUCGUUCGACAUAUCGCAAACGUCAUCGCAAAAUCCUCCAAUCAACGCGUUCAACAACGAAUAUAGUAAAAAUCAAAAGAAGAAAAUUCUGUCGGACGUGACAAAGUAUCAGUUGAAAUCGAAAUCGUCGCUGUCGUCGUCAUCGUCGUCGUCGGAUGAGGAAAUAACGAAUCGUCAAAAUUCGGAUAAGAUCGUGAGUCAUAAUAAUCCCUCGGUCAAGAGAAAGAUAUUCUCGAACGAGAAAACGAAAAAAGACGUGUCACUAGAAGAACAAUACGACACGCCGAAAUCGAAUUUAAAAUCAACGGCAAAAAUAACGGGUUCCCUGUCGUCGGUUCUCGUUAAAUCCUCGGUUGAUGCGGAACCGGAAAUGAUUGACACGCGACAGAGAACUGAACUCGCGUUCGGGUCAGCCGCCGCCAUUUUUUUAUUUCUAAUCAUUUGCGGUCUUUUGGCGCACAAAACGAAAAAAAGGAGAAAAAAUUCGAACGUGGCGGCCGUGACGGGAGCGGGAGCGGGAGCUGGCGCGGGAGCGGCGAAACGUUCGCACGGUUCGGAUUUUGAAAAUUUUUACGAUAAAAAUUCCUCGUCCGUCAAAAAAAUAGUUUCGGAUUUUAAUUUUUCACCCAAUUUAGUUUUAGUCACGACUUGUGAUGAAAAUUCUGUCGUACCGGAAACGACGACGACGACGACGAUGACGUCGACGACGCAACAAUCGUCGCGUAAUAAAAUAACCAAAGAUGAUGAUGAUGAAUAUCGAGAAGAAUCGUCGUGGAAGAAAAAUUUACCCGCGUUGACGACGUCGCGUCGCGAUAAAACAAUUAAAAACAUUAUUAAUAAUAAUAAUAAUAAUAAUUUAUAUCAAAAUAACGAAAAUGAUAUGGACGAUGAGAAUUCGUUGAAAAAUAUACUCGUGGUUGCAGAAAGAGAAACGGAAGUUGACGUGUGA